GCGCGCGGCUCUAAGUGGACUAUCGACAAGUUUCUGAUUCCGGGAGGAAGAGGAGGAGGUGGCGGGCUGGUGGCGGUGGUAGUGGUGGUAUAAUCGCCAGCUCUCCUCGAGUGGAGUCCACAGAUUGAACUGCUCGAUGACACACCGAUGAAUGUUGUGAUUUCGCUGCCGUGAUACGAGGAGGAUCCGCGCGUCCGGAGCCGCCGCAGCUGCCCGGCUCCCUCCGCUCUCCGCCCGCCGCCUCCACAUGCAGAGCCUCUGCAGGGUCAAGAUGCAGUUCCGGACUGUGCUGGACGUGAAAGUCGUGGACGUGGAGAAGAGGCGCAAUCCGUCCAAACACUACGUAUAUCUCAUCAAUGUCACAUACUCUGACAACACCUCCCAUAUCAUCUACAGAAGAUACAGCAAAUUCUUUGACCUACAGAUGCAGAUACUUGACAAGUUCCCAAUUGAGGGAGGGCAGAAAGACCCGAAGAAGAGGAUCAUUCCAUUUCUCCCAGGCAAGAUCCUGUUCCGGAGGAGUCAUGUGCGAGAUGUGGCCAUGAAGCGGCUGCGUUUCAUCGACGACUACUGCAGGGCGCUAGUGCGACUCCCCCCUCAGAUUUCUCAGAGCGAGGAAGUGCUGCGCUUUUUCGAGACGAAAGCUGAGGACAUCAAUCCCCCAGUGGAGGACUAUGGCUCCAAGCGCAAGUCUGGGAUUGACAGCUCGGAGCCUAUGGUCCUGGAGCAGUACGUGGCCGUGGCCAAUUACGAGAGGCAGGAGAACUCGGAGAUCAGCCUCAAGGCCGGUGAGACGGUGGACGUGAUUGAGAAGAGCGAAAGUGGAUGGUGGUUUGUAAGCACAGUAGAGGAGCAGGGCUGGGUGCCGGCUACAUACUUGGACUCCCAGAAUGGAACCAGAGACGAUUUGGAUCUUGGAACUUCCAGGACUGGAGAAGUUACUAAGAGACGAAAGGCGCAUCUGAAGAGGCUGGACCGCCGCUGGACCCUCGGGGGUAUAGUCAACCGUCAGCAGAGCAGAGAAGAGAAAUAUGUGACGAUCCAGCCAUACACCAGUCAAGGGAAGGAUGAAGUCAGCUUUGAGAAGGGGGUCACCGUGGAGGUCAUCCAAAAGAACCUUGAGGGCUGGUGGUUCAUCAGAUACUUGGGGAAAGAGGGCUGGGCCCCGGCCUCAUACUUGAAAAAGUUGAAAGACGAUCUCUCACCCCGCAAGAAGACCCUGACUGGCCCUGUGGAGAUCAUCGGCAACAUCAUGGAAAUCAGCAACCUGCUGCAGAAGAAGUCGGUCAGCGAGAAGGACAUUCAUACCGAGGGAGAAGGCAGCACCACGCCGGAGCGCCACAUCUCCAAGACUGAGAUCAGCCUGCCCAUGCCCUUUAGCUCAGAAAUCAACGCUGAGACUGGCAGGAGGCUGAGUGCAGGCCGUGACACCAACAGCCCAUGUCUGGGGAUAGCAGCGAGCGCCGCUCUAAACGAAAGUAAAGGGAGAGGCGAUCCAGGGUCCCCAGCUGUCGCAAGAGUGGCCCCGCACAGAGUGGAAAUUGGCUUCGAUGCUGUAGGAUCUCCAAAUCUGAGACAGAAACCUCCCCCAAGGAGAGACACCAACUUGGGAUUCCAGUUGCCUAAACCACCAGAGCCUCCUGCUGUGGAAGCAGAGUAUUACACUAUAGCAGAUUUCCAGUCCUCCAUCUCUGAUGGCAUCAGUUUCCGUGGAGGACAGAAGGCUGAUGUGAUAGAGAAGAACCCUGGAGGCUGGUGGUACGUGCAGAUCGGAGAGAAGGAGGGCUGGGCCCCCUGCUCCUACAUCGACAAGCGCAAGAAACCCAACCUCAGCCGUCGAACCAGCACCCUGACCCGGCCCAAAGUCCCGCCGCCUGCUCCGCCUGUGAAAAAACAAGAACCUGAAGAGGCCCCCCUUCCGAGUAUAUCUGCCUCAAAGAUCUCAGAGCAACCUACAAGGCCUGUGUACGAGGAACCUGAAUAUGAUAUCCCAGCAAUUGGAUGCGAAGGUGAGUCUGACACAGAUUCUUUGAAGGAUGAGCGCCCCCUGGAUGUGAAGAUCAGCAACGUGGUCAGCAACAAGUACCGCAGCUCCCCUCCGUCCUGCAAAGCCUCCCCUCCUGUCUGUAAGGCGUCUCCCGCAUUCAGCCGUCGAAGAGCCUCUUACAGGUCUGUAGAGGAGGUCACAAAAGAAGAAUGUAUUUACGAGAACGAUGGUUUCAGGCCAAGCAGCGGCGUUGAAACACCCUCCGCUAAAGGUUCCAGUGAGCCCAACUCCCCAAAAAGUUACCACUCCUCCACAGUCCCAAGAAGACCCUCUGGAUCCUCGUCUCUAGCUGGUAGGCCAAUGAAGACGAUGACGCCAGAGAUGAAUCGCAGAAGUCAGACCCUGGGCAGACACGUAGACAUCAGCUUCAGGUCCCAGGACAACAGCCCCCUCUCUUCAUCUGAUGAACUGAGUAGAGGACCCAAGAAAAUCCCUCCUUUUACUCGGGAUGUGGAGCAGAGAAUAGGUCAAAGUCCCUCCACCAGGCCCAAGCCUUCUGUCAGACCCAAACCCCUUCUGACCAAAUCCGAGCCACAGAGCCCUGAGAGGAUGGAUAUCACGUCUUUGAGACGGCAGCUGAGGCCUACAAGUCAGUAUCGACACAGCAUCAAACCUUCUCGAGGGGACGACUCUGAAACUGCAUCUGUCAUCUCAUCGGAGGACUCGAUGUGUUCACGCAGCACCUCAGAUCUCUCCUCAAUUCACUCUAAAGGGAGUCGCGGGGAUUCCGAUGUGGAAGGCCCCAGUGCUUACCGCUCUCUGGACGCCUAUAAAAGGGUUCAAGACUCUGAGAUCAGCUUCCCAGCUGGGGUGGAGGUGGAGGUUCUGGAGAAGCAGGGGAGCGGUUGGUGGUACAUCCGUUGGGGCUCAGAGGAGGGCUGGGCUCCCUCCUACUACCUGGAACCUGUCAGACACGUGGGUGAUGCUGGUGGGAGGGACACAGAUGGACAUGGGAAUGGGGGUGGCAGCAAGUCCAACAGCCUUGAGAAGAACGAGCAGCACGUUUUGGCCCUCAAUAACAUCAAUAUUCAGGGUCUGACCCAGCAGCACCCAGGCAUGAGAAGGAAUACCCCGCCGAUUCCUUCCAAGCCCCCCGGUGGCUUCUCGAAGCCAUCUGGGUUGGUGAACGGAGGUGUGCGAAUGAGAAACGGGGUACGUCAGGUGGCGGUGAGGCCUCAGUCUGUAUACGUGACAACAUCACAGCCACCCAAGGAUGCGCACUACAUGACGGGGUCUCUGAGGAGAAACGAAUCACUCGGUAGAAGUGAUCACUAUAGCUCUGGUUCGGCCACUCUUGGUGUCCGCCGAAAUGCCUCCUUCAGCACCGUGAGGCCACACGUAGUGGUUGAAAGUCAGACGAGGCCCGCCGAGCGCUCCAGCCUGGGGUCCUCAGGGAGCGCAUUCAGCACAAGCAAUGUAAACCAACGCAACGGCAUCCCAGUGUCCACAGUCCGGCCCAAGCCGAUAGAGAAAAGCCAACAGAUCCACAAUAACUUUGGCAGGGAUGUGUACGUGUCAAUCGCUGACUAUCGUGGCGACGAGGAAACUAUGGGCUUCACUGAGGGCACCUCUCUGGAGGUACUGGAGAGAAACCCCAAUGGAUGGUGGUACUGCCAGGUGCAGGACAGCCUGCUUCCCCGCAAGGGCUGGGUCCCAUCCAACUACCUGGAGCGAAAAAAAUAGAACCAUCUCCCCACACAUCCUUACCUAACCCCCCACCCCCCACCCUGCCUCCCUUUUUCGAUGUCUCCGAGGACACAGGUGGCAUCACUACUAAAGAAUGUUACCCGCAAUCUCCUGUAAGCAAUAUGUCCUUGAUAAUGUACAUUUAUGAAAAGACUUUGUAAAAAAAGGAUGAUGUUUUAAUCUGAUAAGGAAGGACACUUUUAGUGCUGGUUUACUAAAAUGAAUACAAAGAGGAGUGUAAAGAUUUUCAAUAUUUUGGCCGGGGGUGUGAGAGAUGUGGGAAAUAUGGGAUCUGUCAGUCGUGAGUGAGGAGUCUUUGAGAUAUGAAAUGAUUGGGAGCGUUCACCUCUUAAAGAGGUUCGCAUCAUGUAAUGCAGAAGCGGAGCAGGGUCAUGGCGAUGCUUAUUCCUGCCCAUCACAUACUAUGAUGGCCAAUAAGUGCCUUUUAUAUUUGAUUACCAGAAUGGAGGUUCUAAUUGGUGGAUGGAAAACAUUACAUCAACCAAAUCUUAAGAGUGCCAUAGGCCGAUGAACACCACCAAUAGUAUUACCAUGACCAAGCUAGAGCUACUCUAGAGAGUGAGAACAAAAUGCAGCGUUUCAUGUUUAAUUGGCCACACUGUUCCAACACACAGACGAAAGAUUGAAAAACCGAGAUUUAAGAACUUUAGUUCACUUGAGAAUUGAAUUGUUUUAAACCACAAAACAUGAAAAAAACUGUCUGUGCUGAUGCAAGUCUUCCUUAGGGAAUUAUUUCUGCUUUCUUGUGACAUCUGUUUCCACCAACAGCCUGCAAAUGGAAGUGUUAAAGCUCCUUAUAGUGUCUGAUGGAUGGGUAUAGUUUUCUCACAGUGAUAUGCUAACAUUAAUCCCAGAUAUUACUUUGUGGGAUAACAAAUACCUGUGAAACUUGCAAUCUAAUUAUAAUAGUUGGAUAUUGUAUUUUCCUUUAGAGCAGCUUGAGUUCUCUCCAGACCAAAAUCACCUCAGUGUAAUACCCUCAAACAACAAUUUAGGUUUAGUCCAGGAACAAUUGAUCUUGUAUAUAUUUUGUUUUUAUCAGUUCAAGAAUACUGCUGUUGCGUAGCUUUAUUUGAUAAGUACUGGAAAUGCAGCAAAUCAUUGAAUCCCAGGGACAUAUGUGCUCAACAUUUAGCCCAAAAUGUGAUCAAACCAAAGAGAAAUACCAGUUCAUUGAAUUUUUAGUUUUGCUUUAUUUAUUUAUGUUACAAAAACGAGGUUUCUGAACUGUAUACAAAAGUUUUACUGGAAGCACUUGAUACAUUUUCUCAGAUAUUGCAUUUUUGUGAUUAAUACAUCUUAGCCGCCACCGAGAAAUAUAUAGUUCCCCCCCAAUGCAAAAGCUAAAUUUGCAAAUGUAAAAUUCUGAGCUGAAGUCCAACUUUCAAAAUGGCCAUGGGUGAUGUUCAAGACUGCUGAAAUACAUUUUCUAACGAACGGCCGAAUCUUCCAUCAUGAGGCUGAACACUAACUUGUGAUUAUGUUCCUGCUGGACAGUAUGAUAUUAUGAAACAAAGUACAGUACCUGCUAGAUCGCAGUUAUCUAUUUUAGCCAAAAUCAUAUUUGUUUUUUUGUUUGUUACUUUGUGAUCACACAGUGUCAAUAACGAGGAACGAAGUGAUUCAGUAUUGUGAAUUAGUGCACUUUAAAAUUGUUUUUAUGGUGCAUUAAUGUGAAGAUGCAGUAAAUACUCAGCAUGUUAUUUAUUAAGUGUUUUGUAAUUAUUUAAUGUCUCUAUAUCCCUCCUAACCUCAGAUCAGAGGUGUAACUCUCAAAUGCUCAUUGACUAGUAUUGGAGAAACAGAGACCUCUUGUGGUAGCUAAAAUGUACUACCAAUCAUCCACAAGGCUUAUUUAUCGGCCUCAGUGCAAUAAGAAAUGCACUGCUGGUCAGUGAGUCUCCCGAAAACUGUACAGAAAUUGUAUGUUUUUUAGUUUGUUCUUUUUUGAAUUCUCAGUGCAGCUAAAACAUAUUUGUAGCACGUGUAUUGGGCAAUAUUUUUUUUAGGAAAUUUCCAAAAUUCCCUUUUUUUCUUUAUGCUGUUUGCUGCAACUUUAGCAAAUCAUGGGCACUUCCUUCACCUUUAUUGUGCUUUACAUAAUGCCUGAUUUUAAGUAUAUUUAUAAUGAAUUUUUUACAUUUGAUCACUGUUUGACAAUCACCUUGCCACCUUCAAAAUAUGUUUCCAUAGCUUUAUACGGAUUGUUAUUGUUGAAUAAACAGGUUCUCAGUCUCACUACUACUGUGCAAAAUGCAGACUCAGCGGUCAAGAAAAGACUCCCAAAUACCAUGAUUUACUUGAGAAUUUUAGAUUUUUGCAUAAGGACCCAUAAAUAAUACAAAUUUGAAAGUAGGCAGUUGAUAUUUGCUGUGAGGCAAAUCCCUCCCAGACGAUGGCAUUAUGUAAAUGUGUUGAAUCACUGUUAACCUUUUUGCUCCAGCACAUGUUAUUAUUGCAUAUCGCUUUGUUUGAUCGAGCUCAACUUAUUUUGCAAGGGAAUGGUUCUGUGUUGAACAUACAUUUACCUGUGUAGCAUCUAUCUCUCUAUUCAUGCUUUUACAUGGAUUUUUUUUUUUAUUCUUAUUUCCUCUUUAUGCCCCAUUUUGUCAAAUUCUAAAAUGUACCUGCGAGAAAUUGUGCAAUAGAUUAGAAUCUGUUUCAACAAGAGGAGAAAAACGUGAACGUCAAUGCCAUUAUGUGAUGUGGGGAGAAGAGGUUCUCGGUCAAACUGCCAGUCAUGAGCUUUUACCAUCAUGUAAAGAGGAGUGUGUCAGAAAGAUGUGGGUGUCUCCAAACGCAUCAGAAGCUCAUUGGACCAAAGCAGCCGUACGUGACUCUUCAUCAACUUUUGGAACUGACAUGAGAGUCUCUGCUCCCCCUGCCUCGCAUCAACAGUGGACAGUGAUUUGUGAAUGACAUGGCAGAAACCCACUGACCCAUUCUGUGGUGACAUUACAGCCAUCUGGGGUCACAGAUGGAGAGCCCCGGCCCUUAGCGGCCCCGCCCUGAGCUGUCACGUUCGUGCCUGAAUGGAGUUUUGAUAGUUUCUUGUUUUUGUGUUGCUGUUUUUCCUCUCCGUUUUCUCUGUGCCCCCCACCGCCGCCGCCGACGCAGCCGAUGCCUCUCUUGACAUUCACCCCACCCUAGUCAGACUAUGUCAGACUUUUCCUUCCUCACCAAUCACCACAUUGAAGGUGACAUUUGAGUCUCAGUGGUAAACAAGAGGCUGGGGGAGAUGAACGCUGCUUUAGGCCAUUUCAGUUCAAUCCAUCAACUUCCAGGAUGUACGCCAAAAAUAAAAAAACAGCAUCACAACCUUUUCUCUAUGCUGAGCCCCAGUAGGCCUUAUCUAAGUGCUACAGGUGAAUACGAGCACACAGGCCAAUGCAGGCAAGGGACUUCUAUCCAUAGACGCUUGUUUGGAUAGUUUAUUGUUAAACUCCACCUUAAAAAGGUCACUCCUGCGUUUUGGGAAACAAAUGUAUUCAGUUUCUUGCAGAGAGUAAAAGUAUAAAAAUGUUUGAUUUGGAAAAUAUUGAAAUAUCUCUUAAUGAAGGAGAGUGAGUACAGAUAGGGAUUUUUAAAUGGUAAAUUUAACUUUUUCUAUUGUGAAGCCAUAUUUGACACAAAGUAUGUGAAGGUUAUCUUUAAAUAUGGAGCGUAAGCCCAGAGUCUGUUAGCCUAGUUUAGCAUUAAGAGGGGAAGCAGCGGAAACUGCUUGUCUAAAUAAUGUGAAUUAUCUGAAGACCUACAACAACUUGUCACUUCUACACAGUUUGUGUACAGAUUAAACAAACACAAUGUAAUGUGUUGAUUACUGAGCUUCAGGGAUGCUCAUACCUUCAGCCAUGCUAGCUGUUCCCCCCUGUGUACAGUCUUUAUGCUCAGCUAAGCUAACCGUCAGCUGGCUGGGAAAUAAACAUAUUUCCCAAAAAUAAUAUAUUUACAAUGAUAUAUUUCCUUUUCCGGUCCAGUGGCUCAGCCUGUCGCAGCUGCACUGCUUUUAAACCUGCUUGUGCAUCCGCGUGGCACAAUAGAAAUGGAAUUGUCGGAGGUAAUAUUUUUCACACAUGCCAACACACUCAUGAUGAUAAGGAAUCAUUCAUGCUGCAGAGGAAAUGUACGAGUCCCCUGACCUUUUCCUGGAGGUCACCCGGGUGAGACGGCUCCACCAUGUUAUCCCUCGCUCCCUUGUUAUUUAAAAAAAAUAGAGGACACCUCUCGGGCGUGAAGCACCUUAAGCUCUACAGCUCCCAAAAGCCGGCUGCUGCCAUAACAUCCUCCCCCCUUCACCUGUUCUCUCUCUCUCUCUCUCUCUCUCUCUCUCUCUCUCUCUCUCUCUCUCUCUCUCUCUCUCUCUCUAUACGCCAUCGCCACAUGUAUCUCUGUCCUUCCUCGACACAGCCCGGCACUCUAUUCCCAGUGAGAUGAUUAGAUGAGGUAGUAGGGUUUGUGGUGGAGGGACAAAGUUGUUUGCAUGUGUGUGUGUGUGUGUGUUUGAUGGAUGUAAUGGAUUGUUGCAGGUGUUUAGCUCAUGAGGGAAGAUGUUAGAGGUCGUGGGGGAGACGUAGCGAGAGCAGGAUGCAGGGAGACACAAGACGGAUCAAGUGGUGGAUUCUAGUAGACGUGGUGAGAGGGAGGUGAGAGCAGGGCGGCUUUGAUGCGAGGGAGAUUAAAGACGGGUGGGCACCACUUCCACUUGGAAAACUGAGACACAAUAAUUCCUUUUGGCAGGGAGUCGGCCCACUCUACCAGAACUCCUUUACCCACCUUUCUGAAAACCUGACACCUAAUGAGCUCGCUGCUUCUAAACCUGAGCUCUGAGUUCUCGUCUGUCCAAACAUUGUUCUAAUUGCAGCACUUGAAGUUUUUUUUGUCGCUGCUUCAGCAAGACACUGCAGAGACAAACCAGUCACAGUGUACGGCAGCUUCUCUGGGCCUCACUCCCUGUCCAUAGGGGGAAAAAAAUAAUUUGGAGACGAUCCUACGUCUAGUUUUGAGCUUCUUUCACUGUCAGUGUCUUCAGAUCUCAUGUAGCCUCGAGGGUGAGGGAGUCAAGCUGGGUGCUGGAAAAAGUUUUUGGGAAUAAGAAAAAAAGAAGAAAAAGGCUUCAUAUGGUGGAUUCCUUGUGGCUUUUCUCUCCCCUGACAUAUUCCUUUGUGUUCACACUGGGUGGACCAAUUGUUUGGAGGGGUUCGUUCUUAUCUGAUGAAAGAAGCUUUAAUUCAUAAUGGAAAGAAAUGAAAGAAAAAAAAAGGCAAUGGCUCUGAGCUCUGGAGUUAAUGAAGGCAGGAGUUUGAUGGAAGGAGGGGAAGGUCUGAUAGGAAAGUUUGAGUAAGUGUGUGGGAGCAGGUGGGAUGUAUUUAGGGGGUUGAUUUUGAAGGUUUUUUAAUUAAUAUCUAGUUUUUGUUUGAGAGCGAGAGAAGAGGGAAAAGAACAAGCGGCGCUGCAGGGCUUUUUUUCAAGCAGUUGCUGUAGGGGGGAAAACAGAAGGAAAACAGGUCUGUGAAUAAGGGAAUGCUGAUUAUUUAUGUAAUUCAGAGAACUUCCUCACAGAAUCGGAGUUGUUUGAUGCGCCGGCGGGCAUCAGCGGGAGCUGUCUCCCAGCUCCUGGAGGAGGCUGUGUUGAGGAACGAGUCGCGCCGCUGUAUGCCUCUGUGCUGCUUUUCUUUGUCUCUGUUUGAAUCCCCGUUUCUAAUUAGCACAACAGUGUGUCUUAAUUAACCUUAGCCAGUCAGACGAUAUUCCAGCGCUGACGGCUUCUUAAUCAGCGAGGCUGCUGCCAUUCUGCGUGGGAGCCUCCGGUGCUGGAUGGAGCUCAGCCAUAUCUGUGCGGCGGAGGCGAGCUGUCAGCGGGGAUUGAUGCUGAGUGACAGCUGACGUCGAUUCGUGAGAAGGUGGAGCCUGCUUUUAGCAUCGACGUUGCAUUUAUAGAAUUGAAUCUGACACCACCCUGCUGUGCGAAGCAGUGUGCCAAAGAAACUCGGAGGCCCCGACGCCGUCGAGCUCUUGAUCUGUAAAUUCUGACAAAAACAAUCCGUUACCAGCAUGACAGCCACACUCAGAAACACAACAACAACUGCAGGCCUCGAGUUGGACCAAUGGAGGUGCUCUUCUUUUUAUUUCCUGGUUUCGCUCUGUUUCUUAUUGCCAUUGUUGUUCUUCAAAAUUCUGUUUAACCUUUGCAAACUCCUCGUUUUCAAAAAGAUUUGCCAUGAGAAGGCUCAGGAGGCUUUAUACAGCUGUAAAUGUCAGUGAAUCCUCCAUUGAUGAGUCAUCUGGCUGCCAAACCACACGUGGUGAAAAUGCCAUAUAAACAUCACAAUGUGCAGCAAGAAGCGACCACAGUCCAGAUUCCUCUUUGACGGGAGGCUUUCUGCACAUGUGCAUUCCUUUUUGAAAACAGGACAUUUUUCUUAUCUACUGUUUCAUUUUGACAAGUCUUGUUCCUUUUUUUGUAUCUUGUACAUGUUUACAUUGUAUCUCGCAUUUCCCAAAAAGAGAAACAAUAUUAAAUGUAUUA